CAGACGCGAAUUGGCUAAACGAAUUUGUUGUCGCUGUCGUCGUCGCCGUCAUCGUCGUCGCCGUCGAACUUAAGUUUGAGAUCGUAUCGCCUCCCACUUGGCUUGUCUUCGCGUAUCGUUCGUUCGUUCGUUCUUUCGCUUGAGUUUGCUGCUAAUUUAGUGCUAAUCGAAUGUAAUACCCAAAUGCCCAUAUAAUACGAUCUAACCAGAAAAGAGUCCAGUCUCUGCGCCUUGGUGUUUAGCAAGUGUCUGACGUGUUGUGCGAAGUAGAAAUACGAGAAAAUACAAAUAUAAUAAUCAUAUUUUGUGAUUUCAUUGCUAAUUGGAGAGACAGGGACCAAGUGCGUGUGUGCUUCGUGUCUCACAACAUGGCCAAGUGUUUGUGCAACAUAACAACAACACCAACAACAACAACAAUUAGUGUGGCGACAACAACAACGAGAGGCUCAAACAUUGCAGUUGGAUAUUAAAAGCUGCGCCUGCGCGCGCGCCCUAACCUCAAAAAAAUAAGGCAACAAGAAGAAAACAACAAAAAAUAAAAGCUGUGUGCGAGUCGAACUCGUAAAGAGGAAAGAAACAACAAAAACCCACACACACACAUAUACACGCGUAUACAUUUGUGUGUAUGAAAAGAGAACUGAAAAGCCAAAGCAACAAACAGCAGCAACAACAACAGCAACAACAAAAAAGCCUUCGUAAUGUGAAACUGGUUCCUAUCCACACAAAUAUACACAAAUACAUACGCCAAUUGCAGCGACAACCACAACAAUAACAACAACAGCAACAAAAGCAAAACGCAGUGAAAGAGCUCAACAAAAAAAGUUGUAUUUUUGGCACGCAAAACGAAGCAGAAAUUUUGGAGUGUGUUGUGUUUUUUUUUUGUUAUAUAUUUAACGUUUAUUUCGAGCUGACAACGCGAAAAACAACACGCACGGCCAGCAAAAAAGUGUAAAACGAAUUGCAGCUACAAUUUAAUAAAGUUUAUAAAAAUACAAAAGACACACACACACACACACACACACACACACACAUGACGUCACUGGCCUUAGCUGGUCGCUCUUGAUCGCAACUCGAGCUUCAGCUGCCAUCCACACUCACACACACUCUCACAAUUGCAACUAAGCAAACUUGCCAAAACACACACACACACACACGGAGAAAAAGGAAGAUGCGUAUUUUCAAAUUGUUUAGGCGCGGCAUUUGCCUGCCUCUUCUCUUGCUCCUUCUCAUCCACUGCAUCUGCGUUUGGCCCGCGUCGGCGGCCCGAGAUCGCAACUCCCGCGAUUACAACUCCCGCAAUCGCAAUGUGGGCCGGCAACGCAACCGCAAUCGACCCAACAACAACCACGAGCGGCCAAACAGCGCUUCAAUUAUCGCCAGUAGCGUCGAUAAGGACUCAUUUCCCAAGGGCAAAAUUUGCAUUGGCACCAAGAGUCGCCUGUCCGUGCCCUCGAAUCGGGAACAUCAUUAUCAUAAUCUGCGCGAUCGAUACACGAAUUGCACCUAUGUCGAUGGCAACUUGGAGCUAACUUGGCUGCAGGAUCCCAAACUGGAUCUCAGCUUUUUGGCCAACAUACGCGAGGUGACAGGCUACAUUCUGAUCAGUCAUGUGGACGUCACCAAAGUGGUAUUCCCAAAACUUCAAAUCAUACGCGGCCGCACGCUGUUCAGCCUGACUGUCGAGGAGGAGAAGUAUGCUCUGUUUGCCACCUACUCCAAGAUGCACACACUUGAGAUGCCCGAACUGCGCGACAUUCUGCAGGGCUGGGUGGGAUUCUUCAACAACUACAAUCUCUGCCACACACGUUCGAUUGUGUGGCGCGAAAUCCUUUCGGGGGUCAACGAUAACUACAACUAUGUGUACAACUUCACGGCCGACGAACGCCAUUGCCCCAAAUGCGAUCCAUCGUGCCCGAGGGAGGCUUGCUGGGGCGAGGGAGCGCACAAUUGCCAGAAGUUCAGCAAGAUCAACUGUGCGCCGCAGUGUGCUCAGGGUCGUUGCUUUGGACCGGGACCACGCGACUGUUGCCAUCUGUUUUGCGCUGGCGGCUGCACGGGACCCACGCAAAAGGAUUGCAUUUCGUGCAAGAAUUUCUUUGACGAUGGCGUCUGCAAGGAGGAAUGCCCGCCCAUGCGCAAAUACAAUCCCACCAACUAUGUGAACGAAGCGAAUCCCGAGGGCAAGUACGCUUAUGGCGCCACCUGUGUGCGCGAGUGUCCCGGACAUUUGCUGAAGGAUAACGGCGCCUGUGUGCGCAGCUGUCCCUCCGACAAGAUGGCCAAGGAUAGCGAAUGUGUGCCCUGCAACGGACCCUGCCCCAAGACCUGUCCUGGCGUCAAAGUCCUGCACUCGGGCAACAUUGAUUCGUUCAAGAAUUGCACCGUAAUCGAGGGCAACAUUCGUGUGCUGGAUCAAUCGUUCUCCGGCUUUCAGGAUGUCUAUCUCAACUAUACGAUGGGUCCCCGCUACAUACCCAUGCAUCCGGAUCGUUUGGAGGUCUUCUCUACGGUCAAAGAAAUCACCGGCUACCUGAAUAUUGAAGGGGUUCAUCCACAGUUUAAGAAUCUAUCGUACUUUCGCAAUCUGGAGGUGAUCCAUGGGCGUCAGCUUAUGGAGAACUAUUUCGCUGCUUUCUCGAUUGUGAAAUCAUCGCUCUCCAGUCUGCAGAUGCCUAAUCUGAAGCGUAUCAAUUCGGGCAGCGUUGUAGUGCAACACAACGAGCAUCUUUGCUACGUCAGCCGAAUUCGUUGGUCCCUGGUGCAGAGAACCCCGGAACAGAAGCAAUUCAUUAAUGAGAACAUGAAUGCAUCCGCUUGCCGUAAAUUGGGUGAGGUGUGCUCGGAUCAAUGCAAUGGCGAUGGAUGCUGGGGCGCUGGACCGGAUCAGUGUUUAAACUGCAAGAGCUUCAACUACAAUGGCACCUGCAUUGCCGACUGUCGCAAUAUCUCCAACACGUACCAAUUUGAUGACAAGACCUGCCAGAAGUGCCACCCAGAGUGCCGCACCUGCUCGGGACCCGGUGACGAUCACUGCGAUGAGUGCGUCCAUGUGCGCAAUGAACAGCGUUGUGUGACCGUCUGCCCCGACGAUAAAUACUCCGACUUUGGCGUAUGUCGCAAGUGCCACGAGACCUGCGAAGGAUGCACAGGACCCAAUAACACCAUCGGACACUAUGCGUGCAAUACGUGCAAUCUGGCCAUCAUCAAUGCGGACGCCACGGUGGAGCGUUGUCUGCGCAAGGAUGACAAAUGUCCCGACGGAUACUACUGGGAGUAUGUGCAUCCGCAGGAGCAGGGUUCGCUCAAACCACUCGCUGGCAAGGCCAUUUGUCGCAAGUGCCAUCCACGGUGUGAGCUCUGCACCAACUAUGGAUUCCACGUGCAGGUGUGCUCCAAAUGUGCGGGCUACAAGCGACGCGAGCAGUGCGAGGAAGAGUGCCCAUCGGAUCACUAUGCGGAUGAGGAAAAACGCGAGUGCUUCGAGUGUCAUCCGGAAUGCAAGAGCUGCUCUGGACCUGGCGCCGAAGAUUGCCUGGCCUGUCACAACUUCAAGUUGUUCGACGCAAGUGAAGUCCCCGAUAACUCAACCCUCUUCAACUGCACCUCAAAGUGUCCGCCCGAAUUUCCGCACGUCAACUACCAAUCAAAUAUUAUCGGACCUCAUUGUGUAUCCACUCCGCAAAAGGGACCCCGACAGGCGGCUGGCAUCAAUGUGAACAUGAUCAUUAUCAUCUUGGGCGCUGUCUUUAUACCGGUGACCUGUGUGCUCUGUGUCAUCAUCUACAUCUGCCGGCAGAGGCAGCAGGAAAAGAAGGAAACGGAUGAUCUGGCUAAGGUAUUCUUUGGCUGCGAAGACUCUGAACCAUUGCGACCCUCGAAUAUUGGCGCCAAUCUCAGCAAACUGCGCAUUGUCAAGGAUGCGGAACUGCGUAAGGGAGGCGUUCUCGGCAUGGGCGCCUUUGGACGUGUGUACAAGGGUGUUUGGGUGCCCGAGGGUGAGAAUGUCAAAAUACCGGUGGCAAUCAAAGAGCUGUUGAAGACAUCGGGCGCCGAGUCGAGUCAGGAGUUCUUGAACGAAGCCUACGCCAUGGCAACCGUGGAGCACGGCAAUCUACUGAAGCUGCUGGCCGUGUGUAUGUCCUCGCAAAUGAUGUUGAUCACACAGCUGAUGCCCCUGGGCUGCCUGCUCGACUAUGUGCGCAACAAUCGCGACAAGAUCGGCUCCAAGGCGCUCCUCAAUUGGUCCACACAAAUCGCCAAGGGCAUGUCCUACCUCGAGGAACGGCGACUGGUGCAUCGCGAUCUGGCUGCGCGCAAUGUGCUCGUGCAGACGCCAUCGCUGGUCAAGAUUACGGACUUUGGUCUCGCCAAACUGCUCAGUCUGGACUCGAACGAGUAUAAGGCAGCGGGUGGUAAGAUGCCCAUCAAGUGGUUGGCCCUCGAGUGCAUAAGGCAUCGCGUGUUCUCCAGCAAAUCGGAUGUGUGGGCCUUUGGUGUGACCAUCUGGGAGCUGUUGACAUUUGGCCAGCGACCUCACGAGAAUAUACUUGCCAAAGAUAUACCCGAUCUCAUUGAGAUGGGCCUGAAACUGGAACAACCCGAAAUCUGCUCGCUCGACAUUUACUGCACACUGCUUUCCUGCUGGCAACUGGACGCGGACCUGAGGCCGCCAUUCAAGCAGCUAACUAACGUAUUUGCGGAGUUUGCUCGCGAUCCGGGUCGCUAUCUGGCCAUACCCGGUGACAAGUUCACACGACUGCCUGCCUACACCAGUCAGGACGAAAAGGAUCUCAUACGCAAGCUGGCGCCGACAUCAGAUGGCUCCGAACCAAUGGUCGAGGCGGAUGAUUACUUGCAGCCAAAGGUAACGCCUGGUCCCAGUCAUCGCACAGAUGGCACCGACGAGAUACCCAAACUGAAUCGUUACUGCAAGGAUCCCAGCAAUAAAAACUCGAAUGGCAGCGGAGCUGGCGGUGAUGAUGAAACCGAUUCGAAUGCUCGUGAAGUGGGCGUUGGCAAUCUGCGUUUGGAUUUGCCGGUGGAUGAGGAUGACUAUCUGAUGCCCACAUGCCAGAGCAAUGCGAGUGGCGGCAGCACUGGCAGCAACAAUAACAACAACAACAGCAACAAUCCCAACAACAACAUGGCCACAACAGCGACGGGUUACAUUGAUGUCAUCGGGGUGCCUGUUAGUGUCGAUAAUCCCGAGUAUCUGCUGAAUGCACUCAGUGCCGGCGAGGCGCCGAUGCCCACACAAACCAUUGGCAUACCCGUUGCCGGUGUGCCCAGCACGAUGGAGGUCAAGGUGCCGGGCAGUGAGUCAACUAGCUCCGAUCACGAGUACUACAACGAUACACAGCGCGAGCUGCAGCCUCUGCAGUUGUUGCACAGUCGCAGCACGGAGACGCGAGUGUAGCCAACGCACACUGCCACUGAACACCAACAACAGAAACAAUACUAAAAAUAAUGUAACUAAACAAAACCUAUUGGAUAAAUCUUGCCACGUAGUACCCAAGUGCCUUUGAAGUCGGUUGCCAGCCACCCAGCAGAUACUAUACAGCAGAUGCAGAUGCAGAGCUCAACUGACGUGUGCCUCUGAAUGCUGUUAUCAUAGAUAAUCAAAAAAGAAAGAAAAAAACAAAAGAAAGAAACCCAUUCGUAGUUGCCUGUAGUUGUAAUAUACAUAACAAAAAAGCACCUAGAAUAGUUCGUGUUGUACUAUAUUACUAUCGAUAUUAUGCUAUAGCUCGUACUUAGCCAGACACUUCUUCUCUUCCAUAUCUAUGCAGCUAUAACUUCUUACUUAUACAUAUAGACUUACAUCUAGAUAUUCUUGAGGUCCUCUUUUGUGUAAUUACGAGAACAAAAACACCGAUAGUACAUUUCUUAGACGUCCGCGACGCUGCCAAUUGAACUCAGCCGAUUCCCAUCCACAUCUAAGUGUGUGUGUAUGUGGGAAUAGUGUCUGAUAUUGGGCUGUUGUGGGGCGCACACUCUAAGCUAAAGUUAUUUCUAGUUCAUGUAGCGGACUCUCGCACAAUUUAUAUCCAACAAUUUCUUUUAGCAUAUACUAUAUACAUAUAGAGUUAAUAGGCUUUUAGCGACUAGUUUUCAACUGUGAUAUAGUUUAAAUAAUUUUCAUGAUUAACAAAUACUUUUAACUUGCUUGCGAACAAAACUCAAAAAAUGAAAAACAAAAAAGAAAUAUACAACAAAAUAGAAAAUACAAAAAAAAAAAUACAUAACUCGAACGACAUACAGAAACAAC